UUGUUUACCGCAAUUUACAGAAUCCCUAUUUAUUCUUCUUCUAGUGACUUUUGCUAUACGGAACAGUAUUCCGAUCACUACAACGUAGGAAGCAACAAAAUCACUUCUAGAACCAUAAGGAAUUACUCUGAUUCUGAUGACAAUACGGCAAGAACGGUAAUGGUUUACUUCGUAUUUGUUCCUUUACUUUAGUUCAGGGUUAAGAAGUAACUGCUGGAUUAUCCUGAUGCCUACAGAAGAACUAACUAGGACCUGGUAGUGCGGGCUUCAUUGCUGUGGCGACUGUCGUAUUAUAAAUGGAGAUAACGUUUUCUAGACAAUGAGACGAGGCCACGCCUUAGCUUUUCCUUGAUGCGGCCAGUUGAACAGUUCAGGAAACUGGUGCCUCAGAUAUUUUCUGAAAUGGAAGGGGUGUAGGUCCAACGAUAUUUGGGUUUGUUGUGGUUGUGGUUAGAUUCCACAUGCUAAUAGAAUGUGUUCUUUGAACAUACUUCUAGAGAAUCUCCACAACUGGUCAAUUGACUAUAUUUUAGACUAUGAACAUCGUUUGGACGGAAGGUCACGGCAUCCGCAACGUGUGUAUACCCGAAAUAGGUGAGGCGAUGCCCCCCAGAGAUUAAGAAACUGGCUUUAAAAUCCACGACCCCCUUUACUAAUUAAUUAAUUAAUUAGUAAUUUAAUAUUUUCUUGUAAGAAUGUUAAUAACAUCCGAGAACCUGUUAUCUCUUGAAUAAAAUUGAAUAUAACAUCCAGCUUAUCAGUACGAGACUACAAAAACUAUUCAGUAAUGAAACAUCAUUGCUAUCAUAGAUACGUGACUCACCCAACGCGAAAGUUGAUAACAUUCAUGUUAGAGUAGGUUAGGUAUGUUUUUAUUCCAUCAAAACAAUCCACUUGUCGUAAUAUGUCUCUAAGAAUAGACAAACAAACGCACGUGCGUAAAUUAGUCACAUUUGAAUAAGAACGUUGGGUUUAUCACGAGUGACAUAUGUGGCAAUAAACUGUUGACAUUGAUUACCGGAUUGAGAAACAUCCGGACAAGAUGUUGUUUAUCGGAAAUAAUUGAACUUGGUUUGCGCUUUUAAAAAAAAGUUAUCUUUAAUGAAAUUGACCUACUCUUUGAUAAGUCAGAGCAUUCUAAGCCCGAAACUAGUCUCUCGUCCGACGGAGAACACUAAACACUCAUAUCUGGGUUUCUGUUGUGUAGAUUUUAUUAAUACUAUUUUGUCUUGACACAAAAACGACAUGGAAAAUUUAGAUGCAAAUUACGUUGAGCUGUCGAGCAGAAUUUUUGUGCCCAAGGACUGGCUGGUUGGUGGAUGUAAGAAACUGCUAUUGUCAUUGGCUAAAAAAAUGAUCGAUAACGUUGUCACCGAUCAGAUGUUCAUUCUACAAAUAAACCGUAUGCCUACAGUACUGGUUCAAUACCAAGAUAAAAAUGGAACUUACUACGUCUUUGAAGAAGUCCGCGAUCAAGAACUAACGGACGCAUACAAGAUUGAUGUGGUCAUUAAUAAAAAUAUCAUCAGUGGAAGAAAUUCUACGGGGGCUGGUACUUCAACUUCAGAGAAUGCUUCAACGGAAAGAAGUGACGAAAAUUUCAAUAAUGGCGUAUCAUUCGAUGAUUAUGUUAUUUGUACAUAUGAAAUUUACAAUUGGACAGCGUUUUACGUAGUGCCGGCCACACAAGUAAUACAAACGAUGAAUCCUGAGAGAAAUAUCCCACGUGCGGCAUAUCAGCAUACGUCAGGCGGUGUAGAAAGACCAAGCGCGCGCUACGAUGUUUUGCGUUUAUUUGCGGAAAUUGGGAUUUCUUUUCUGUUUCUGAUGAUAAUAGUUAGCAUGAUCAUCUUUGUGUUGUGUAAAAACGAGUCACUUGAUAAUUUAUUUUAGUAAUGUUUUCCCUUCGGUUUUUGUACAGAAUAAUUGUGUUUUUCAUGUCAAAAUUUGGGAAAUAAAACAAUGUUCUAAUUAUAACGAGAGUUUCAAUAUUGUUUCAAUCACUUUAGUAAUUAGAAUACUCUGGGACUGAAAUGCAUGGGUUUGUGCACACUGACCCACUGCGCAUACUUGCCUUGCAUAACUCUAUAUAAUGAUUAUAAUAUUUUCGGUCUGGUUACUAUUGGUAUUCAUAAGUGAUAAGUAGCCAUUACAAGUUUAUAUCACUUUCCAUAACCAGAAACCCUAAGAUGACCAUACUAUGAUGAAUUCACUAUCAUUUUGUUUGGCAAGAAAUAGUUCGCUUAUUACGCCGUACUUCCGUGCAAGUGGACUGAUGACAUUGAAUAUUAAAUAACAUUCGGGCUCGGUCUUAUUUAUAAACAUCUAUUCAAUUUAAUAUGCACUCAUACAAAAACAAAGCUAAGGUUGAUUUUAAUAACCUCGGGAAACCUGUUCCAUACAAAACAUCAAAAAGACUUUGCUUAAAUGAAAUUGACCUAGAUUCAAUAUAAAUAUAGAAAUCCUAAGCACUGAGCUAGUCAAUCGUCGGUUGGGGAGUAAUUAAUUAAUAUAA